UUCUUGAAUCAUGGGCAGUGAAUUAUGGGCCCACGACAGUGCCAUAUAAUUUCCCUUUUCAGGUUCUUGAUACAAAGGACUCAAACUUGCGCCGUCUGGAGCUUUGGUUUGUUUCUUUAAAUCCGCCUGCUGGUUACAGGGGGUUUCAGAAUCUCACUAAGCUUUGCCUGCGAGAUGUUAGUAUUACCAAUGAAGAUGUUCAAUGUUUGCUGUCUGAAGGCAAUCAUCUAGAGUGCCUCCGUAUUACCUACUGUAAGAUGCUUACCAGUUUAAGGAUUCCACAUUGCCUGAAUCGCCUUAAGGUUUUGCUUGUUCUGAGUUGCCCGCUACUUGAAGACAUGACGCUAGAUUGUGGAGCGCCAGCACUCCACUAUAGAGGCUCAUUGAUACCAAUGGAGUUUGCUGCACCUUUGAAGCUAACGAAACUAUCGGUUGAGUUAUUACCUUGCCAUUCUGCUCUAGGAUUCAUCUUCAAUGAACUCCCAGCAACUCUCCUACGUCUUGAGAUGCUCUCAUUAAGUUGCACACAACUUGAGGGGGUUGAUUCAGUGAGCAGGCUUUCCAAAUGUCGUUCUCUGCAUCAUUUGAUAUUAAACUGGACUAUUUCUGACUCUGCACGCGGGACAACUGAUAUCCUCGACCUUGGUUGUCUCCUAGAGGCUGCCCCUUCCAUGGAGAAACUAGAAUUGCAUAUGGUAAUGGACCAUUUCCUACACAAGCGGUACCGUCAAGAAGACGGCGAGCUGAGGAGUCUCCCUUCAUGCCCGCACUCACAUCUCAGUUUGGUGCAUAUAAGCGGAUUCAUCGGCGAGAAAGAUCAACUGGAGCUGGCGCUUCAUAUUAUCCACAAUGCUACUGUUCUCGAAGCAUUGAAGAUCGAUCCAUGGCCGAGAACAGCUAACCCUGUACGAGCGCGCGUCAAGUCGGAAAACCGUCUUGCCAAUGGUCGGAGUGUUGCAUUGGCAUUUCUUUGCAAAGAUGACCACCGCAGUGUCGUCAGCGUACUUGAAGAUGUGGGGGAGUAGUUAGUCACUGCUUU